AUGCCAGAGGCGCCACAGCUUCGGCGGUCAGAUGGAGACCAGGGGGGGAGUUUGGGACCGCCGGUGGUCGUCCGUGAUCUCCAGGCCUCCAGCCGCGCAGAGGGCUCCAGCCGAACAGAGCUGCGUCAAAGUUCACAGAUGCACAGGUCCACCCUUACACCUGCAGGAGGGGGCGGGGUGGGGGGGCACGGGGGAGCACACAGGGAGUGCUCCUCAGUCUGUCUGCCCACCUGA